UCUUUUCACAACCUACAGCACCCAUCAGAAUUCAGCCCUCCACGCCCCUUGAAAAACGCUCCUCACCAAAAUUCCAUGGCGGAGGAGGACGACGUCCCUGAUCAGAACCCUAGGUUCUUCGUGGCGGUGCACGUCGGCGCGGGAUUUCACGCGCCGUCGAACGAGAAAGCUCUCAGGUCCGCCAUGAAACGUGCCUGCCUCGUUGCUGCUUCUGUUCUUCGCAAGGGUCCUGGUGGGUGUAUAGAUGCUGUUUCAGCGGCAAUACAAGUCUUGGAGGAUGAUCCAAGCACAAAUGCUGGGCGUGGCUCAAAUUUGACUGAAGAUGGUCAUGUGGAAUGUGAUGCCAGUAUCAUGGAUGGUGAUUCUGGGGCAUUUGGGGCUGUUGGAGCGGUGCCAGCAGGUGUCCGGAAUGGAAUCCAAAUUGCUGCUUUGUUGGCCAAGGAACAAAUGUUGGGGUCAACACUGCUGGGUAGAAUACCUCCCAUCUUCUUGGUUGGUGAAGGUGCACGUAUGUGGGCAACAUCCAAGGGUAUUCCUUUGCCGGCAAGUAUACCGGAGGCUGAUGAGUGGCUGGUUACAGAGAGGGCAAAAAGACAGUGGGAAAAAUACAAAUCAAUGCUUGAUGAUGCAAAAGCUGUGAAAGCAGAAAUUGAUGGAGAACCUUCUUCUAGCACUCAAGAGAAUGCUGCUGUAUCAGAAGUUCUACCAUGUGAUCAUUUGAAGACAAAUGGGGAUCAUGGUAAAUUAUGUACGUUGAAUGUGCCAGAAGAUGACUGCAUUAUGGACACUGUUGGGGUUAUUUGUGUUGACACUGAAGGACAUAUAGCAUCUGGAGCUUCAAGUGGUGGCAUUGCACUGAAGAUAAGUGGACGUGUGGGAUUAGCAGCAAUGUAUGGCUCCGGUUGUUGGGCAUCCUCAAAAGGUCCGUUUGGGGCUCCAUUUAUAGUUGGUUGUUGCGUUAGUGGUGCUGGAGAGUAUUUAAUGAAAGGAUUUUCUGCUCGGGAGUGCUGUGUCUCAUCAUCACUGUCGCAGGCAGGUCCGGGCUCUGCUUGCAUGAAAGUUUUACGCUCUGUUAUGCAAGAUAGUAGCCAAUAUGGUACUGAUAAAAGUGCCGGAACUCUAGUUGUUCAAGCCGAGGCUCCUAUAACACUUCCCGGGACUUCACCUAAGCUGAAAGCUAUAGAGAUUGCAGCAGCCUACACUUCCCUUUCUUUUGGAAUGGGUUAUUUUGGAAGCUCUAUGGAGCGGCCCAAGGUCUCAAUUCUUAGGACUACAAAACAGCAAAAUAGGACCGACAUCGACCAGUUUGCCGCACGAAUUGAUGUUGGUGAAAGUAAAGGAUAAAAUAUCGUGUGCGCAAAGAUUUUGAUAAGAAAUUUAAAAUUUGGAAGUAAGUCAAACUGGUUUAUUUAUCUUCUUCUUUCAAGUGACUCAUCAUGUUUCAAAUGGUUAGUAAAGCAAACCUAAAACCUGAAAGAUGUUCAUUUUCACUCAUGUGAGAGAUCAGCACAAUUAUUUUAUGGACCAUUCUUCCACAACA